CCUUAAACAGCAGUUGAGCCUUCAUAUAGGUCACCCUCUCUCCCAUGUUGCUUCUCUCCUCCUUGAGAGAGAGAGAUUGUUUGAGAGAGAGGGAGAGAGAUUGAGAGAGAGACAUGCAGGAGGGAGGGUUAGACUUUCUCAUGAGUUUGAGCUCUACCAGGUCCAACUUUCUCUACCUUUCCUCCUCUCAUCUCAUAGAAGACACACACACUGCAUAUAGAGAUCACAAGGCUAAUUAGCAUCGGUAGUACUGGUAAGAGUGAUACACACUAAUCACAAGAUUUCAUGGCUCUCGCCACUCUCCUGCUCCCUUCCCCCUCCGCCUCCUCGACCUCUUCUGCCACCAAGGCUGCCGCUGGGGCCGGCGACCACUCCGACAGCCGACGGCAUCACCACCACCACCAAGGUAGCAAGCGCAAGAAGAAGCUUCCUCCGUCACCGCAAGCAUCGUUCCCACCGCCGCCAAGAACCCCGCCAGGCGCCGGAAGCCACCGCGUUAUGACCCCGACCGCGUCGCUUAAGAAGAGCCCCAGGCUCGCCACGGCAAAGAACCCCCAGUACCAGCAGCACCGCGUGCCGUCGAAGAAGGCGGCGGCAACCCCGUCGUCGUCGUCGUGGGAGCAGCUGAAGGGUCUGCUGAGCUGCCGGAGCGCGACGGCGGCGGCGCGCGUGCACGACCCGGGGGCGCCCUCGGCGCUAACGCGCCUCCGCGGCGGCGGCGCGGGGGUGUGCGGCGCCUCGCUCUGCGCCAUCCGCGACGUGGUCGACGCCGCCAGCUCCGCCGCGUCCUCCGCCGCCGCCUCCGACACCGCACCGCUCACCGGUCGCCGCGCGCACCGCGCCGCGUCCUCCACGUCGGUCGCCGGCGGCCACCACUCUUCCCUGAGGGGCCUCUCCGGCUGCUACGAGUGCCGCGCCAUCAACGUCGAGCCAAUGUCGAGGCGGUACCCGAGGCCGAGGGAGCUGCGUGCUUGCCCGCAGUGCCGGGAGGUGUUCACCAAGGCCGACAGCUUGGAGCACCACCAGGCCAUUCGACAUGCCGUGUCGGAGCUGGGGCCGGAGGACUCCGGGCGCAACAUCGUGGAGAUCAUCUUCAAGUCUAGCUGGCAGAAGCGGGAGCGCCCCAUCUGCCAGAUCGACCGCAUCCUCAAGGUGCACAACGCCCCGCGCACCGUCGCCCGCUUCGAGGCCUACCGCGACGCCGUGCGCUCCCGCUGCCGCGCCGUCGCGGCCCGCGCCGCCGCCGACGGCAACGAGCUGCUCCGGUUCCACUCCGCGCCGCUCGCGUGCGCGCUGGGGCUCAACGGCGCCACCUCUCUCUGCGCCGCCGACUCCACCACGGGCGCUGGCAAUGAGCCGCCGCCGUCGUCGUCGGCGACGCCUCCUCCUGCGAACGCCGCCGCGGCCGCGUGCGGCGUGUGCACGGCGAUCCGGCACGGGUUCGCGCCGUGGGUGGGCGCGCACCCGCUCGGCGUGCGCACCACGGCCAGCAGCGGCCGCGCGCACGACUGCGGCGCCUCGGCGCCGGCGCAGGCCGCGAACGUUAACGGGGGAUGCCGUGCCAUGCUGGUGUGCCGCGUCAUCGCCGGCCGCGUCCGUCGCGACGGCGACGCCGCGGAGGCAGCAGAGGAGGGCCCGUUCGACUCGGAGGCCGGCGAGGACGCGGCGAGCAGCAGCGUGUACGGGAAUCUCGAGGAGCUGUUCGUGGCCAACCCGAGGGCCAUCCUGCCUUGCUUCGUCGUCAUCUACCGCGUGCUUCAAUCUUGAGUGAACCACAUAGAGUAUAUGCAUCUUCUAAGUUCGUAUACGUUUGUACUAAAAAGAGUGCCCAAGGUCACGUCUGUUUUUCUUUUUUCUUAUGUGAACAACUACUACUUAAAAAUGAUAUUAUAAAUGCUGGGAAUUAAUAUUUUGUUUUA